UGUCAUAUUGACCAUCUGAAUAAGAGCCAAAGUCGUAUUGACUUUUGCUAAAAAUAUCAUGAAAUUCCUCACAUAACUCUUUUAAUUUAUUUAAAUCUUCUUGAUCAACCUGAGCCUGCGUAAAAUCUAUCUUAAACUUUGGGUCCUCAAUUAUUUUAGUAUUUUCAUGUGAUAUAUUAUUUAUUUGUUCAGUCUCUAUUAGUAUAUUAGGGUUCACUGAGUCAAGAGUUAGUGGAGAUGAGAGUGCUAUAUGUUGAUUUUUAUGAAUGUUUAUUAUGUUCUGUGUUGGAUUUGUUAAUACAAAUUUUAUUAUGCCCUUUUGUGAGUUAUUUACUAGGGGCACCAUUCCUAUAUUUUUCUCCCUCAUUUUCUCUUCAAGAUGUGUGAUUAUGUAAGUUGAGUUAGUG